AUGUCGGCUAAAAGAUCUAUCAUUCUUUCCGUGGACCUGGGUACCACUCACAGCGGUGCCGCCUACGCAUUUCGAGGCGACCGGAAUCCCUUCUCCAACAUCCAAGUCAUCAGAAAUUGGGUCCAUGGAGACAGAGGCGAAAAGGUGCCUACGAAGAUCAGAUACAUAAACGCCAGUACCGAACCUGCCCGCCCGAGAGGUAUUAAGCGAUUGGCUUCCGGAGAGCAUGUUCACGACCAACAUGUUCAAGACACAUACCGCGCUGCUUGGGGCUAUGAAGCAGGAGACGGUCCAGACAUGGUCCAGUAUGUCAAGUACUUGUUUGGCCCUCCAGCUGAGAUUCCUGAGGGAAUCUUGUGGGACGAUAUCACCACCUUGCUCGAAAAGUUUGGCAAGACUCCUCGUGACGCCGUCGUUGACUAUCUCAUCAAGCUCCGUGAGCAUAUCUACAAGGUGGUUCUCGACGAGUUUGGCCCGGAGUUCAUGGCGACCACAGAGAUCGAGUGGAUUCUCACAGUCCCAGCCAUCUGGUCGGAUGAUGCCAGGUAUGCUACUCUCAUGGCUGCUGAGUCGGCUGGCAUCGGCAAAACCGUUGAUCGAUCAAACGACACUAUCACCAUGAUCACCGAACCAGAGGCCGCCGCUCACUUUGCAUACAAUCUAAUGGAGAUGAGGAACAUCAACGUUGGAGACAUCGCCAUCGUCUGCGACAUUGGGGGAGGUACCAUAGAUCUAAUCACGUUUGAGAUUACGUCUCUCGAGCCUCUUCGGCUCAAGGAAUGUGUUGGAGGCACAGGAGGUCUCUGUGGAAGUGCAUUGCUGAACGCUGGCUUUCAAGAACAUGUCGAGCGUUGUAUGGGAGGCAAGGAAAACUUCAAAGACUUCACCAAGAGAGUUCCCUAUGCUUGGCCCAUUUGCAUGAAGGAAUUCGAGAACAGCACCAAGAAAUACUUCCAUCCAGACAACGGAGCAGUCAGCAUCCUAUUUCCUGGUAUCGACAUCGCCGGUAUGGAGCCAAACUACAUUCUUCUGACUCCCGAAGACCUGCAGAGGAUCUUCGAACGUGUCAUCAACCCCACUGUCGACCUCGUCCAAGACCAGUACGAUGCAAUCAGACAGAUGGGAAAGUAUCCCAGAGGCGUCAUCCUCGUCGGCGGGUUCGGACAGAACGAUUAUCUCAAGGAGAUCCUGGAGAACAAGUUUGAAUCUGCAGACUCCGAGCAUCCUUGCGAAGUCACUCGGCCGCUUGGAGGCUGGUCUGCUGUCUCCCAAGGUGCAGUAAUUCACGCACUUACGAACGACACCCUUGUCCAAAGCCGCAUCGCCAGACACCACUAUGGUGUCCUUGUCCGCCAACCCUACAACAAGAAAAUCCACACCGAAAAAUAUGUUGUCACUGACGAAUUCGACGGCAAGAAGUGGGUCGAUAACCAGAUCGAGUGGCACAUUCACACUGGACAGACCAUAACUGCCGGAUCGCCUAUCAAGAUCAAUCAAUACCUUGUGUCCGAAUCUAAGAAUCUGCUCGUGUCCGAAAGCGCAACCAUCAUCGUGAGCGAUGAGGUAGAAGCACCCAAGGAGUUCGAGAGUACCGACCUCACCCGAAUCCUUUGUACCAUCGAGUCUUCCCUGGAGAAUGUGGAGAGAGAAGAUUGGAAGACAUAUCGACGCAAAGGCGAAAAGAAACAUUCGGCGCUUCAUCACACUAUCGAGAUGAGUUUGGAUUCCGAGCUGAGCUUUCAGUUUUGCAUUGGCGAUAGAGUUUUGGGAAAGACAACUGUUGCAUAUGAAUAAUUGGGAACCUCUUUAGUGAGGAGUGAUAUUCGUGAAGAGC